AUGCCCAUGCUUGAGCACGUUCCUGCCGGCUAUCAAGCCGGCGCUGCCACGGCAACAUCAAAUGCAAGCGUCGAAUUACAGUCAAAUGUAGGAGACUUCAAAUUCACUUUCGAUGCGAUACGGCCGGGACUGUUUCGCACAACCUUUACCUCACCGAAACAUUUGCUGCCACCUCAUCGAGCAGCCCCGGUCCCCAACAAGACUGUGGACAACUCUAACGCUACAGUUUUGUCAUCUGGUACGGCUGCAAAAAGCUUCCAAGUCGACGGUGUCACGGCUCAAGUUGACUGGGAAAGCGGACUCCCGCUCGUGUCCCUGACUCUUUCUGGUCAGCAAAAACCAAUCCAUGCCGACCUUCCCAAUCGAUCGUAUGCCGCUGAUGGACCUGGCAUUUCUCAUUACACCAAGUACAAUCAUGGCACACUCCAUCUUGGGCUUGGCGAGAAGCCAGCACCCAUGGAUCUUUCAAACCGCCACUUUGUGCUAUCAGCAACUGACUCUUUCGGUUAUGAUGUGUACCGGACGGAUCCAUUGUACAAGCACAUUCCGCUUCUGAUCAAUGCUACGCCAGACGGAUGUGUCGGCAUCUUCUCCACAUCACAUGCACGUGGCUUUUACUCGGUGGGCUCGGAAAUGGAUGGUAUGUGGGGUCGUUUUAAGGUCUAUCGCCAGGACUACGGGGGCCUUGAAGAGUAUCUACUUGUAGGCAAGACACUACCAGACAUUGUUCGCAUCUACGCAGAUCUUGUUGGAUAUCCCCUUCUGGUGCCGCGAUGGGCAUUUGGUUAUCUGGCUGGUGGAAUGAAGUACUCCAUGACGGACGACCCCCCUGCGAGCCAAAGCAUGAUGGAGUUUGCGAGAAAGCUGAAAGAGCAUGAUAUUCCGUGCUCGGGUAUGCAAAUGUCUUCUGGAUACACAGUUGCAGAGACUGAGCCCAAGACACGAAAUGUCUUCACGUGGAACAGGCAUCGCUUUGCAGAUCCCAAAGGCUGGAUUGAUGCAUACCACAAAGAAGGAAUUCGACUCAUCGCAAACGUCAAGCCGUAUGUGCUGGGAAGCCACCCAGAGUACCAAAAGCUCAAGGAGGCCAAUGCAUUCUUCACCGACUCACUGACAACAGCGCCAGCUGAAGCUCGUCUUUGGAGCGCCGGGGGUGGCGAAAGUGGUAUUGGUGGGCAUAUUGACUUUACAUCAAAAGCUGGUUACCAAUGGUGGUAUGAAGGCAUUCGCGAGCUGAAGCGAAUAGGGAUUGAUUGCAUCUGGAAUGAUAACAACGAGUACACCAUCCCUCACGACGCAUGGCAAUGCGAACUUAGUGAGCCUUCUGUUAGCCAAGAGCCAAAGAACGAAAAGUAUGGCCAAGAGAUCGGGUUCUGGGGACGAGCACUAAAUACCGAGCUCAUGGGAAAAUCUUCUCACGAUGCUUCGUUGGAGGUUGAACCGGAGCAGCGUCCUUUUAUCUUGACCCGCAGUGCCACAGCUGGGACAUUGCGAUACUGCGCCAGUGCAUGGAGUGGUGACAACGUGACCUCCUGGCCCGGCAUGAAAGGUGCGAAUGCUCUUUCCCUGACUGCCGGCAUCUGUCUGAUGCAAUGUUACGGUCAUGAUAUUGGCGGUUUCGAAGGCCCUCAACCAUCGCCCGAACUGCUCGUUCGAUGGUGCCAACAAGGCAUCUACAGCCCUCGCUUCGCAAUCAACUGUUUCAAGACUGGCAACGACAACAGCGUCGGCGAUGUGAUUGAGCCUUGGAUGUAUCCCGAGACGACGGCAUUGGUCAGAGAUACCAUCAAGCGUCGCUACGAAAUGAUUCCGUACCUCUACUCGCUUGCUUUACAUUCACACAUGACGGCAACGCCUCCGCAGCGAUGGACUGGCUGGGGAUACGAGUCGGACCCCGAGAUCUGGAACAAUAAGGUUUUGACAGACGGCGAGACACAGUAUUGGCUUGGUGAUGCACUGCUGGUAGGCGGCGUUUUCGAAGCCAAUGCCGAGAGCGCCAAGAUAUAUCUCCCAAAAGACGCUUCGGACCCGAAUGCUGAGUUCCUUGAUCUCAACAAUGCGCCCCAGACAUACUACAAGGCCGGGAAGUGGGUCGAUAUCCAAGCGAAAUGGACCGAUAGCAUCCCUGUACUAGCAAAGGUUGGAUCGGCGAUUCCUGUUGGGAGGGCAGAGCAGGUACUCUCGGUAGGGGAGAAAAGCAACCCUGCGAACCUUACUCGCGACGAUUACCGUGCUGUCGAGGUGUUUCCGCCAAAGGCUUCAUCAAACGGCAAAGUCUACACAACGACCUGGUACGAAGACGACGGUGUUUCACCGCCGCCCGCGAAGAUUUCAGUGUUUGUUGUCAAGUACGAGGCGUCGGAAAGCGAGGUCUCGGUCAGCUAUGAGGAGAAACUGCAGCAAGGAUUCGAGCCAGCAUGGUCGGCAUUAGAGAUCAUCCUGCCCCGAGGUGAUGUGAGAAGCGUGUCGUUCAACGGGAACAAGGCUGAGAAGGUAGACACCGAUGCAAAGGGGAGGACUAGGUGGAAGGGUGUCGUUGAAAGGAGUGGCAAGUGA